UCCUUCUUCAGUUCAGGUAGAUGCUGAUGUGGGCAGAGGCAGCUGCAAGCAUCCCUUGCCCACCCAAAGCCACCUGCCUUUGGGGUCAGGACCUGUGGAGUGGGUCUCUGCCUUGGCCCUGGGGUGGGGACAGGUAGGCGUGCCUGCAGGCUGCCCCCUCUUGCAGGCCCCUCACAGCUCCCUUGGAAAGCACCUUCUCUGAGCCGCUCAGGCAGCUGGGCUUUCUGGGCAAGGCAGCCACAGAGGCUGGAGCGCCACACAGCUGGGGUGGCUGAGCACACAAAGAAGAGGCGUAGGUGUCUAGUUACGUGUGACUUCCAGGUAAACAACGGAUAAUCUUUUAGUACAAGCGUGUCCCAGGUAUCUCACGGGAUGUGCUCAGACUGAAAGGUUACUUGUUUAUCCGGAAGUCGAACUUAACCCAGCGCGUCCUGAGUGCACCCGGCAGAGCUCGGAGAUUCCGUGAGAAGAGGGUGCCUGUGGCUGGUCGCGUUUGGCACCAGCACUCUCUUGGCCCCUGUAGGAGAGCAGGGUGCAUGCUGGGUCGGUAAAGACGAGCUUUGCAGCUAAAAUACAUGUUUGUGUGUGUGCACACGUGUACUGUGUGUUUCUGCUUUACUCGAUGUCCCACAUGGGUUUGACUUUCCAGCCCUUCCGUGGUCUCUCACGGCACCCCAGUGGGAGGUGGCCCCCACUCCCCCCCCCACCCCUGCCGAGCAGACUGAGGAGGCUCGCUCUCGGGGCCCGCGCUACCCCACUGUGCUGCAACUGCCUUCUUGUGCUUGUUUUUCACGGCUGUGCCUGGAAGAUGAGGAGCAGCAAGGCCUCGUGCACCCUGGAGACCGUCUGGGAGGACAAGCACAAGUAUGAGGAGGCAGAGCGGCACUUCUACGAGCACGCAGCCUCGCAGGCUGCCGCCUCCAGCCGGCAGCUCCUGGCCACGGGCGCCAUGAACGGGCCUGGCCGGGAGGAGAUGGGGGCCGCUGACGCGGCAGAGACACCUGACGCCCGCAGCAGGCCAGACCCCGGGGAGAGCCGCGGCAGGAACGGGCCGCUGCAGAAGAAGAGGAAGCGCUCCCCCCGGAGCUGGCUCGGCCAGGCCGACCUGGCCCUCGUGGGCCUUGCAGCCGACCGUGUGUGGCUGGACAAGCUGCUUUUCGACCGGGCGGAGAGCGCUUACCGCCAGAGGCUGGCCGACGCAGCUGCCCAGCCCACCCCGCCGCCUGCCCUGGCCCCACGGGGCCCCUGCACCCACGGAAGCCAGGUGGCCUGCCACCAUGUGACCUGGGGCAUCUGGGUCAACAAGUCCUCCUUCGACCAGGCCGAGCGGGCCUUCGUGGAGUGGUCUCAGGCGCUGCUCCUGGCCACAGAGGGGUGCGGCAGGCAGGGUGCCCCCGACACAGGCCAGAGGCCGGCAGCCCCUGAUCUGGCCCUGGCCCGCCAGCCCGGCCCACCGGCCAACAGCCGGCCAGCCCUGGGCAGCCUGCAGGCACUGGUGCGGGAGGUGUGGCUAGAGAAGCCACGGUAUGACGCCGCCGAGCGGGGCUUCUAUGAGGCCCUGUUUGAUGGCCACCCACCAGGGAAGGUGCGCCUGCAGGAGCGAGCUGGCCAGAGCGAGGCUUCCCGGCGCGGCCGCAGGGACCGGCGGGGCCGCAGUGCCUUGGGGACCAAGCGGGCGGGCCCACGGCGGGUGGACGGGGAAGUCCCCCCUGCCCUGCCGUACUGGUACUUCCUGCACAAAGACUCCGAGGCCCCCUGGCUCAGCAAGCCCGCCUAUGACAGCGCCGAGUGCCGCCACCAUGCUGCCAAGGCCCUGCGCGUGGCCUGGCGCCUCGAGGCCACCUCCCCGGCCCACCAGCCCACUCCCAGGUCCGGCCCAUCCAUGUCCAGCCUGAGACCCAACAGGAAAAUGGCCACAAACUUCCUAGUGCACGAGAAGAUCUGGUUCGAUAAGUUCAAGUAUGAUGACGCAGAGCGGAAAUUCUACGAGCAGAUGAACGGGCCUGUGGCCGGCUCCUCCGGCCAGGAGAACGGCGCCAGCGUGAUCCUCCGGGACAUCGCGCGAGCCAGAGAGAACAUCCAGAAAUCCCUGGCCGGAAGCUCUGGGGCCUCCAGCGGGCCCGGCGGGGACCACAGUGAGCUCAUCAUGCGCAUGGCCAGCCUGGAGGUGGAGAACCAGAGCCUGCGCAGAGUGGUGCAGGACCUGCAGCAAGCCUUCUCCAAGCUGGAGGCCAGGCUGAGCACGCUGGAGAGGAGCUCGCCCACCCACCGGGCCACCGCCCCGCAGACCCAACACGUGUCUCCCAUGCGCCAAGUGGAGCCCCCGGCCCAGAAGGUGGCCACGCCCGCGGAGGACGACGAGGACAAUGACAUCGACCUGUUUGGCAGCGACGAGGAGGAGGACAAGGAGGCAGCCCGCCUGCGGGAGGAGCGGCUGCGGCAGUACACCGAGAAGAAAGCCAAGAAGCCCGCGCUGGUGGCCAAGUCCUCCAUCCUCCUGGACGUCAAGCCCUGGGACGAUGAGACAGACAUGGCGCGGCUGGAGGCCUGCGUGCGCUCCAUCCAGCUGGACGGGCUGACCUGGGGGGGCUCCAAGCUGGUGCCAGUGGGCUACGGCAUCCAUAAGCUGCAGAUCCAGUGCGUGGUGGAGGAUGACAAGGUGGGCACCGACCUGCUGGAGGAGGAGGUCACCAAGUUCCAGGAGCACGUGCAGAGUGUCGACAUUGCUGCUUUCAACAAGAUCUGAGCCCAGUGCCUGUGUGUGCGUGUGCGAGCCUGCAGCCAAUUAAAGACCGAGUCCAGCACUCUGACUCCUGUCCUGGUGUUCCCGAGGGCUCCGUGGGCGGUGCCUGGCGGGCGGGAGCUCUGCAGGCCGGGUGGGCCGUGCUCGGGCGGGUAGGUGGGCAGGCACGGGCCCACACUGGCCCUGUCCCCACACUGGCCCGGCCCCUGCGUUCUGGGCGGUGCCCUCCUGUCUU